AUGGAUAAUCUCAGUAAGUGUGAAAGAAGAGCAAGAGCAUAUUUAAAGAAAAACACGAGUUACUGGGAUGAUGAAAUAAAAGCAAAAAGGGCAAGACAGAGGCUGACUGUUGUAUCUAGCUGUACCAAUAAUGCAAGUGAAACGAAUAGUGUUGACAUUGAUAGAAUGACAGCACUAGAAAUCAAACAACACUUGAAUGGCUUGGGUAUUACAACACGUCUUAGAAAUAUCAACAAACUCCGCGAGUUAUUGGAAAAUGUUUUGUUGGAAAUUUCCGAGUAA